AUGCCGCGCACCUGUUCGUUCCCUUCGAGCCGCCGGGAGGAAAUGCUGGAAGCACUCAAGGCUCUCUCGACGUUUUUUGUCGAGAACAGUUUGCGCACCCGAAGAAACUUACGUGGAGACAUUGAGAGGCGAAGCUUAGCCAUAAAUGAAGAAUUUGUCCACAUAUUCAAGCAAGUUAAAGAGGAGCUUGAGAGUAUAAAUGAAGAUGUGCAAGCGAUGAGCAGCUGCUGUGAAGACAUGUCCACUCGUUUGAAGGCAGCAAAGGAACAAACCCAGGACUUGAUAGUAAAAACCACAAAACUCCAGGCAGAAAAUCAGAGGCUAGAAAUGAAAGCACAAGUUGCAGACGCAUUCAUAGCAAAAUUCCAGCUGACACCGGACGAAAUGAACCUCCUUCGAGGCACAAAAGAUGAGCCAAUUACUGAGGAUUUUUUCAAGGCUUUGGGAAGAGUAAAGCAAAUUCACGACGAUGUCAAGAUUCUCCUCCGGACAAAUCAGCAAAGGGCGGGCCUGGAAAUUAUGGAACAGAUGGCUUUACUGCAAGAGACAUCUUAUGAACGACUUUACAGAUGGACUCAAAAUGAAUGCAGGACUUUGACCCAAGAAUCCUGUGACAUUUCUCCAGUUCUCGCUCAAGCCAUGGAAGCCUUACAAGAUAGACCUGUCCUCUAUAAGUACACGUUGGAUGAGUUUGGAACAGCGAGGAGGAGCGCUGUAGUCCGUGGCUUUAUAGAUGCCCUUACUAGAGGAGGUCUGGGAGGUACUCCCCGCCCCAUUGAAAUGCACUCCCACGAUCCUCUGAGGUAUGUAGGAGACAUGCUGGCCUGGUUGCAUCAAGCUACAGCUUCUGAAAAAGAACACCUAGAAGCUAUGUUAAAGCUUGUAACUAUUCAAGGUGUGGAAGAAAAUAUUCAAGAAGUAGUUGGGCACAUCACAGAAGGUGUUUGCAGGCCUCUGAAGGUUAGAAUUGAGCAGGUGAUUGUUGCUGAGCCAGGAGCAGUUUUACUGUACAAGAUUUCUAAUCUUCUCAAGUUCUACCACCAUACAAUCAGUGGUAUUGUAGGAAACAGUGCAGCAACACUGUUGACAACAAUUGAAGAAAUGCAUUUGUUGAGCAAGAAGAUAUUCUUUAAUAGCCUGAGUCUUCAUGCAAGUAAACUAAUGGACAAGGUUGAACUCCCGCCUCCUGAUCUUGGCCCAAGCUCUGCACUAAAUCAGACACUUAACUUGCUCCGGGAGGUUCUGGCAUCUCACGACUCAUCUGUUGUUCCACUGGAUGCCCGUCAAGCUGACUUCGUGCAGGUUCUGUCUUGUGUGCUAGAUCCGUUGUUGCAGAUGUGUACUAUGUCUGCUAGUAAUUUGGGCACAGCUGAUAUGGCAACCUUCAUGGUAAAUUCACUUUAUAUGAUGAAGACUACUUUGGCUCUCUUUGAAUUCACUGACAAGCGUCUAGAAAUGUUACAGUUUCAG